CUCCGCCCCGCCCCGCUCCGCCCAGCAAUCUGCGCGAGGCGGGCGGAGAAAGCGCGCCGGGAGACAUGCGGCUGGUGAGCUGGAACAUAAAUGGGAUCCGGCGAUCGCCUGAGGACCUGCGGCGCCUGCUCGACUCCCUGGGGGCCGAUGUGACCUGCCUGCAGGAGACCCGAGUCACUCGGGACCUGCUGGAAGAGCCCCUGGCCAUAGUGGACGGAUACAGCUCCUAUUUUAGCUUCAGCCGAGUUCGCAGUGGCUACUCAGGUGUGGCCACCUUCUGUAAAAACAAUGCCACUCCAGGGGCAGCGGAAGAAGGCUUGACCAGCCUACUAACCAAUCACCAGGGCGCUGUGGGCUCCUACGGGAACACAGAGGAGUUCACUGAAGAUGAGUUGCGGGCUCUGGACAGCGAAGGCCGGGCAGUCCUCACUCAGCACCAGAUACGCACUUCAGAUGGGCAUGAAAAGACCUUGACGAUAAUGAAUGUUUACUGCCCCCACGCGGACCCUGAGAAGCCUGAACGGUUGGUCUACAAGCUACGUUUCUACCGACUCCUGCAGCUCCGAGCUGAAGCUCUCCUGCAGGCAGGCAGCCACGUGAUCAUUCUGGGCGAUGUGAACACGUCUCACCGGCCUUUGGACCAUUGUGACCCUGAUGAUCUGGCAUGCUUUGAAGAGAACCCCGGACGCCAGUGGCUCACAGAGUUCCUGUGGCAGCCCGAGAGGGACGGUGGGCUGUUCGUUGACAGUUUCCGUCACUUCUACCCAGCCAAAGUCGGUGCCUUCACCUGCUGGUCUACCGUUACAGGGGCACGCCUCACCAACUACGGCACCCGCCUCGACUAUAUCCUCGGUGACAGAGCUCUGGUGCUGGGGGAGUUUGAGGACUCCUUCCUCAUGCCUGAGGUGAAGGGCUCAGACCACUGCCCCGUUGGGGCCAUCCUGAGGUCAGAGCUGAUCCCUGCACCCCGAUGUCCCCCACUCUGUACCCAGUACCUGCCAGAGUUUGCUGGGCGGCAGCAGAAACUCUCCCGGUUCCUGGUCAAACUGGACCCAAACCCUCCAGAGCCCACCUUGCCCCAGCCCCAAGGAGAAAAGAAUGGUGCGCUGCCCAAGAACCGGGCUAAAAGAAUCGGUGGGGACCUAGGCCGAGGCCAGCUGAGCCUCCUGAGGUUCUUCCAGGCAGGCUGUCCCCCAGAAAAACCCCUCGUCACUGGAGCCCAGGAGCCUGAGACUGAUCCAGCCAGCCAGGACCCCAGGGUGGUGGCACCCCCACCCCCUGAACCAGGCGAGGGCCAGGCAGCAUUUUGGAAGGCUGUUCUGAAAGGCCCGCCUCGUCCUCCCCUGUGCAAGGGCCACAGGGAGCCCUGUGUGCUGCGGACAGUGAGGAAAGCCGGGCCCAACUUUGGCCGGCAGUUCUAUGUGUGUUCACGGCCUGUGGGCCACACCAGCAACCCUGCUGCUCGCUGUGACUUCUUUCUCUGGGUCUCUGGGAAGAACCCAGCCACUCACUGAGGGGCCUGCCGCUAGGCGCUUCCUCUUUGCUCCACUCCCUUAGGGGGUGGUCCUAGGUUAUGGAGUCAGCAUCUUUCAGUGGCUGUUUGCAAAGGCCCAAGUGGGGGCCCCAGAGCAGGCGUCAAGGGGCCUAAAAGAGGCUUAGGGGAAAGAAGGAAGCUGCUGCUAACCUGGGUCUGGUUAACUUUUUUAAAAAGAUAACGUUCAGUUUCCCAUUAAUAAAGUUUGGAUCUUGGGUGUUUCCCAAAGCUGCCCCCAGUUCUGUUCCCUACGACUCAGGGCUCUCAGGUAGAUUGUGUAGGUGUGCUGUGGAAGUGACUUAAUCCCAUAGCACCCCUGGAGAGGGAGGGAGGUCGCCUGUCUUUUCCUCAGGGCAUGGUAGAGUUCUCAUUGGAUCUGAAAUAGCAUCGGGGCCACGCCUUUGCUUUCUCAGGGAAAGGCCUGGUCUACAUGGUGUGGUAGGUCCUGAUGAUGGAGCUGUCUCUCUGAUCUGUGGGAGGUGUUUUUGUCCGACUGACUGACUGACUAGUCGGGGUGAGGAGCAGGGGAUCCUGAGAGGGGGCCAGCAUGCAGGGGCUCAGAGGGCACUUUCAGGGGAAGUAGCUGUAACUUGGGGUCAGAGUCGUGCCCAGGGCCCCAACAUUGCUGCCAGGCACCAGAAUGCCAUCUUGGGGGUUGCCUUGAGGCCAGUAUGCCAACCAGCAACUGUCAGUAGGGGCUCAGUACACAGAGUGCCCCAAUCCCCAGUUUUCAUCUUGGACCCCUAAUGAGGGCUCAGGAAAAGGAGACAGGACUGAGCAUGCCUGUUCCUCACUCCCAGCAUGGCGCUCUGCCCGCGGGAGCUGGCGUCUUCCAUCCUCUGUGUCUGCUGAGUCCAGACUAGCAGAGGUCGAGCCCCGCAGCAAUCAUAGUGAUUCUCCUGAGGGUGAGAUGCCCCCAGGAGGCCAUCGGAGGGGAGUGUCCAGCAUCGCCCUUGCUGGGCGUCAGCAUCCUCUGAAAUGAGGCUGGCAGACUAGAUGGGCUUCAUUCAGGGCCUGUGGUGGGGGCAGCAUGUGCAAAAAAAAGUAAGUAGGUCAUGUGAGGAGGGAAGUAACAGUAACUUUCUUGAACGAUAGGUUUAAGAAAGGCUUCAGGAGUCGGCAUCAGAGCUGAACCUUGAAGCAAAUGAAAGAUUCCGAGGGGAGUGAGGUGGAUGGGGCAGCAUGGAGAAUGCCCUGUGCAAAGCCAUGGAGCUGGGAGGUGCCCUCAUGAAGGGCAAAGAUAAGAAAUAAGGCCGGAAAGGUAGCUGGGAACCAAAUUAUGAGUGGCCUUAAAUCCCCAAUGAGAGGUUCACGUUCAUCUUACUGGCAUUAUGGUGUCACUGAGAAUUUUUGACUAGGGGAGUGAUGCAUUUGAGUUUGACAGGAUGAGGAAAGAUGGAUUGAUGAGGGGGGAGACCCAAGGCAGGCUUUUGCACUGUAACUGCCAGGGAGGGCUAAAGUCCCGUCUGUGCAAAGAGAGUUCUAGUAACAAAGAGCUGGAAGGAAGCCGCGUGCCCUUGGUGAGAGAUGGCCAGACACCUUGUGCUAUGUCAGGGUGAGGAGCACAUUUCGCUCUGGGAUUGAGAGAAACUUGGCAGGUGCAUGAACUGAAACAGGAAAACCAUUUCCCUGACAACUCCAGUAAUGUGAAGGCUGUGCAUUAUUUUGAUGGACUAGACUUGGGGCCGUGAUGAUUCAUUGAGCAUCUCGGGGGCAGCGAUGCAGGCCUCCUGGAUGGCAGGUGUGGAGUGAGGGGUGCAUUUUCACACACCGUCAGCAUGUUGGUUUUGCUUGAUUGGAAUUACUGUAUUGGCUGCUCUCCAAUCGAGAGCCCUUUGGUUGGAGGACAGGGAACAUCAUGAGGAAGUGACAGUGAUGUCUUGUAUCUUUCUUAAAGGAAGGCUUUUACAGCAGCCCAAGUGAGAGGUCAGCAAUGCAGAUGAUGGGAGGGAGGGUGAGCCGGAAGGGAAGGAUAACUUCCCUGGUUGAGUGAAAAGACGGUAAGGGCCUCACCAGAAUUAG